AUGCAUCCUCAGCGUCCUAGAACGAGGGGUGGUCGUGUUCCGAGACGGGGAGCAAAUACUCCACCUUCCCCUCCACUACCCUCUCCACCUCCUUCACCUCCAUCUUCACCAUCUCCACCUGCCGAGGAGCAUGAUGGAGGAAAUGAGCCCGGCUUGCGACAUCUCUUAUCUCGGUUCACCCGCACUAUGUCUAAUGCCUUACAUGGGAGACGAAAUGUUGAAGGUUUGGACAUAAAGAGGGUAAAGGACCUGGGAGCAAAAGAAUUUUAUGGUGGUAUUGAUCCUGCUGAAGCUGAUGCUUGGCUUACAGAUGUCGAGCGGAUAUUUGAAGUUCUCCAGUGUCCUGAUGGAGAUAAGGUUCGCUUGGCUACCUUUCUGUUAAAGGGGAAUGCAUACCAUUGGUGGAAGACAGUUCGAAGAGGGUAUGCAAACCCUGCUGUCUUUACUUGGGAAGAGUUCCAAAGGGCAUUCUUUGAUCAGUUUUAUCCGCAUACUUACAAGACUACGAAGAAGGCUGAGUUUCUGCACCUGAGGCAGGGUUCCAUGUCAGUGUUCGAGUAUGAGCACAAAUUUAACGAGCUGUCCCGGUUUGCACCUGAGUUGGUAACCACAGAAGCAGAUAAGUGCCUUCGUUUUGAACAGGGUCUGUGGCUAGAUAUUCAGGCGGUGGUCACUGCUACGACGUAUCCUACCAUGAGAGCCUUGGCCCAAGCAGCAGACAGGGUGGCGAAGGCGUACAGUCUGGGUGCAGGUAUUGGUAGGCGUCGCAGAGACUCAUUUGGUUUUGGUGGGCCCAGUCAAGGUCCAUCAAAGAGAGGUGGAUCCAGCUCUAGUUCUGCAAGCAGUGGUUGGUCCGGAGGACAUGGGACCGGUUCUGGCAGUGGGGGUUCUGGCUCUCGACCAUUCUGGAGCCAGUCCUCGGGACAACAAUCCAUGGGCAGCACCGCCAGGGAUCCUCAAAGGCCAUUUACUGUAACUUGUUAUAGUUGUGGGCAAGCUGGACAUGUGCGGAAGGAUUGCCCAAACCAUAGGCAGGCGAGUGGCUCUGGUCAAAGGAGCGGAGUGACUUGUUUCCAGUGUGGGCAGACUGGGGCCCAGCGGGGGCAAGGCAGCAAAGCUCAGGGUCAGACACAGAGUGGUGCAUCGUCGUCUGCAGCGGGUUCGUCGUCGAGUAGUAGAGUGCAGUCCACUUUUCGGGGCAGAGGCGGUAGGGGUCAGAGGGGUUAG